GCGGAGCAGAGAGCGCGCGAGGGGAGGAGGAGGAGCAGGAGCAGGAGAGCAGAGCAGCAGGAGAGCAGCAGCGGGGCCGGGCGAGCCGAGGCCGAAGCAGGGGCAGGGCGACGGACGCUUUUACGCGACACGCUUCUUUUAGGAGCGUGACUUCUUGUUUUUGUUGGCAAGCUCGCUCCUCGCUCGCGCAAAGCUGCCUGCGAGGCGGGCGUGCGUGCGAGGGAGGACGGCUUUUGGCUCGCUCGCAGCUUUGCUUGCUUGCUUUGCUUUCUCUCCGUCUUUCUUGCCUUCUUUCCUCUUCGAUUCGUCGACGAAAUCAAACACAAUUGCCCGUGCCGAGAUCCGAUACAUCGGCGGACGAGGGAGACGACGAGGAGGAGGUGGAGGUGGAGGAGGAGGAGGGCUAUCGAGCAUAUCGCAUCGAUCGAUCUGCGAAAGGCAGAGCGCAAAAUUCAACCUUGGUCGUUUCGCUUGCGACUCCGCGUCGCCUGCGAGGGCCAGGGCUCGUCUCUCACUUGCGGUGCAGGUCGCCGAGGCCUCAGGAGGCUGUGGCUGCGUGCUCCGCCCGGCGUCUCGAGCAGGGGAGGGGAGGGAAGGGAAAGGGUAGGGAAGAGGGAAGAGGGGCGAGGGCAGGGCAGGGCAGGGGAUUGAAUCGAAGAAAUGAAUCAUCAGUUGCGAAAGAUGUUGAAUGAGAUGCCGCGGGAAUGCGCGCGGUGGAUUCUGGUGACGGGAGGCGCAGGGUACAUAGGGAGUCACACGGCAUUGCAGCUGCUGCUGGAGGGCUACAAGGUCGUGAUUGUGGACAAUCUGGACAACUCGGACGAGGAGGCCGUGAAGAGAGUGGUGGACCUGUCGGGCAAACACGGCGUCAAUCUCUACUUCUUCAAGGUGGACAUUUGCAACCGCGACGCCCUGGAUCGAAUUUUUCAAAAAUUCCGCUUCGAUGCCGUGAUUCACUUCGCAGGGUUGAAGGCCGUGGGCGAGAGCGUGGCCAAGCCUCUGCACUAUUAUUCCAACAACCUCAUCGGGACGCUCAAUCUUCUGGAGCUAAUGGCCGACGUGGGCUGCAAAAAGCUCGUCUUCUCCUCGUCCGCCACGGUCUAUGGCCAACCGAAAUCCGUUCCGUGCACGGAGGAUUUUCCCGUGGAGGCCCUGAAUCCCUACGGCCGAACCAAGCUCUUCAUCGAGGAAAUUUCGCGCGACCUCCAAUAUUCAGAUCCGGAGUGGAGAAUUAUCCUCCUCCGCUACUUCAACCCCGUGGGCGCGCACCCGAGCGGGCUCAUAGGCGAAGAUCCGCGCGGCAUUCCCAACAAUCUCAUGCCCUUCGUGCAGCAAGUGGCGGUGGGACGACUGCCGGAAUUGACCGUGUUCGGCAGCGAUUACAACACCAGGGACGGCACGGGCGUCAGGGACUACAUUCACGUGCAGGACUUGGCCACGGGGCACAGCGCUGCUCUGCAGAAGCUCUUCAACACCAAGGACAUCGGCUGCGCGGCCUACAAUUUGGGCACGGGGCGGGGAACUUCGGUUCUGGAGAUGGUGGCCGCUUUCGAGAAAGCGUGCGGGAAAAUAUUGCCCCUGCGGAUUGCUGAUCGGCGGCCGGGAGACGCCAGCGAGCUGUUCGCAGCCACGGAGAAGGCCGAGAAGGAGCUCGGCUGGAAAGCCGAGAGCGGAAUUGACGACAUGUGCCGCGACCAAUGGAAUUGGGCCAGCAGAAACCCGUGGGGAUAUCGACCUCCGCACUCCAUCGAGGCAAUAAUCGACGCUUCUAACAAGCAGGCUUGAUUCCGUAGGCUGGUAGUACAGACAACUCAGAGAUUGUGGUAGUGCGUAUAGAAGCUGUCACAACCCAGUUCUGACAUGCUGAUUGAAUCCGCCGGGCUCCAUCGCCGGACCAGAGGUAGAUAAAGAGCUUACUUAGAGCAGAGGCCGAGCACACAGACCUGCAGCGCAUGCAUCCAUGCGCGCCAUGCAGUGCUCGUGCCCUCUGUCGGAAGGUGCAUUGAGAUUGAUUUCCAUCUAUUCAUUCGGUGUACAGCAUAAACGCCUCUCGUUCCGCCCGAGCCCAGGUUGGAAAUUUAUGUAGCUUCGCGCGUUCCGAGCAUAUCAGAACUCAAUAUGCUCGAAUUGAAGCUUAAAGUAAUAAAGUCAAACUAUACCGUGAG